AUGGCUUCCUUGCCUUCUCCUACUCAGGUGGCAGGGACCCACAGUUCUAUAUAUGAGGCCUAUUACCACCAAGUAGACCCUAAUGGCACUGGGGCAAUACAAGCACUUGAUGCAGCUAGAUUCCUCAAGAAGUCACGACUCAGCGAUGUGGUACUUAGCAAGAUUUGGGAUCUCUCUGAUCCUAAUGGCAAAGGAUAUUUGGAUAAAGCAGGGUUAUUCGUAGCGUUGAAGCUGGUUGCGCUGGCGCAGGCAGGGAAAGAUAUAAAUAUGAGCAACAUACACUCAGAGGCACCGCCACCUAAAGUUGGUGAGCUUCCUAAAGUCCCACCACCGAGUGUUAGUCCAAUGCCAGCGAUGCCGCUGAGCGAUUGGAGCAUAAAGCCAGCAGAGAGAGAGAAAUACAGUCAGCUAUUUGACUCGCUACAGCCCAAUAAUGGAUUUAUUGCUGGUAAUAAGGUGAAGGGAGUGUUGAUGGAAUCGAAGCUUCCCUUGGACACUUUAGGCAAGAUAUGGGAUCUCGCUGACCAGGAUAAGGAUGGGAUGCUGGAUAGGCAUGAGUUUAUUGUGGCGAUGCACCUAGUCUACAAGGCGCUCGAGAAGCACGCGGUCCCCACUACUCUGCCCCCUGAACUCCGCGCUCGGCCACCUCGGCCUCCAUCACGCCCCCUUCACGACCCCCUCCCGGCCCCCAUCGAGGCCUCCCUCGCCACAGCCCAGGGCGCCCCCUCGGCCACAGCCCCCUACCCAGAAUACAGACCUGUUCGAUGGACUGCUCGACUUCCGCCGUCAUCGACUCCGGCGUCCUCUCAGUGGAUAUCGUCAAGUGAUCGCGUGAAGUACGACACGCAGUUCACGUCAUUGGACACGGACCGCGACGGAUUCGUGUCCGGAGCUGAGAUCCGACACGUACUGCUCGAGACUGGAUUGCCGCAAACCACUCUUGCGCAUAUUUGGGCUCUAUGCGACACAUCGAGCUCGGGCAAGCUGUCCCGGGCACAGUUUGCGGCGGCGAUGUGUCUGGUGCAACGCUCGUUGCAGGGAACACCGCCUCCCGCAGUGUUGCCGCCCGAUUUGAUUCCCGCUGCUACUAUGGCUCCACCUGUUCCUGCUAUACAGCCGAUCCCUGAACCAGUGUCCCUUGGCCCGCAGCCGACGCCAGAAAUGGACGCCAUAGCUCGUGACGUAGACUCAUUAGCGAGAGAAAGACUUUCCCUCGAAGCGGAAGUCGCAAAUAAGCAGAAAGAGCUGACGGUUAAAACUGGCGAGGCGGAUAGCUUACAGAGUGAAUUGGACACUUUAACAGCUACUCUGAAACAGUUGGAAAACCAAAAAGGUGAAGCCCAGAAAAGGCUGAACGAUUUAAAGUCACAGGUGGAAAAACUACGAAGUCAAGUGUCAGCGCAAGAGGCGGCAGCAGCGGAGACGGAGGCCGAAGUGGCGGCGAGGCGUGCUGCUGCCAACACCCUCAAGGAGAAAGAGAGGAGCCUUCAAGAUGAGACGGCGCAAGCGCAGGCCGAAGCCGAGAAGCUCAGCGCUCAGCUGACCAGUUCGGUGCUCGCUGUCAGCCAGGCGAAUUUAAAACUGAAUCACCUGGAGGAGCAUCAUAGGGCAUUAACAGCUGCAAUAGAGGCGAUCGACGCCGGCGCAGGUGUAAGCGUGCUCAACCUGCAACCGCAGUUCUCGAAGCAGCAUCUGCAACAGAUGGUGCGAGGGUCGGAAGACGAGGAUGAAGAAUUCUCGAAGGCAGACUUCAGUACAAUGAACGGCUCUGCCGGUUUCACUUCUGACCCCUUCAAGGACGACGCCUUCUCGUCUAAUCUUCCUUCUAACGAUCCAUUUGCGCCUUCGAAUAAUAAAUCGGCGCAGGAUGGAUUCGCUAGUGAUCCGUUUGGCGGCUCUGCUGAUCCUUUCGCAGGCGAUUCCUUUGCGAGCAAUGACACGAACAAGCAAAAUGAUGGUGCAUGGGAAUCUGAUCCCUUCGCAGUGUUGCACGCUCCGACGCGAAGUUCAAAUGUUAGCAAUACCAGCAACACUAGCAACCCAAGCAACGCUAGCAACACUGCUAAACGGCACAAGACUCCGCCCCCGCGGCCGGCACCCCCUCGCCCCAUGCCCCCGCACAAGACCGAACGCAAACCUAUCGACUUCACCGAGGACCCCUUCAAAGACUACCGUUACGAAGAUCCGUUUAACAUCGAAGACCCCUUCGCCGACGUCAACGACAAAAAAGCCGAUCCGUUCGGCCGCCCGACUUCUGUCGCGGGUUUCGAGAAAGACGACUUCUUCUCUGCCUCUUCGAAUUUAAACGGAACCUUCUCGAAGCCGGAGCGAAUUAGCGGACGAGUAUCGGCGCCUCCCGUCGCCUACGACCCGUUUUCGAAGCCCACCACUAAUAAUGACUCCUGGGCGGCCUGGCCGAACGAUAGCUGGGCGGCCGACGAUGCCUGGUCUAAACCGGCCCCUCCCAAACCGGAUGCUUGGUCUUCAUCCUCCACAAAUCUGAAUUCAAAAUCUGAUAACUGGGAAAAUAAUACCGAUAAUUGGUCGAACAAAACUGAUAAUAGGUCGAAUAAAACCGAUAAUUGGUCGAACAAAACCGAUAAUAGGUCGAACAAAACGGACAAUUGGUCAAACAAAACCGAUAAUAGGUCGAACAAAACCGACAAUUGGUCAAACAAAACCGAUGAUUGGUCCGCUAAAACAGAUGACUGGGCGACCGAUUGGGGGACUGAUAAAAACAAAAAUCUAAACGAAACGUGGCCAUCAAACACCUUACCGAGUAAGAAAGAGAAGUCCCCCAAGCCAGUGAAAUACGCAAAGUCUCUCGUCCAUACGAUUGGUGGGAUCGGCCGGACGAAGCAGAAAGAUAAGAAGAAGUCGAACGAGGCUAAAAGUGUAGAUAACCUUCCUACCGAAGAGCAGCAAUGGGCGUGGGCGGCCGCCGAAUCCAAGCGCCUGGAGAGCGAGGUAGAAGCCAGGAGGCGGCAGGAAGACGCGGAAUUGCAGUUGGCCCUGGCCAUAUCCAGACAAGAGAAGUGA